AUGGAGCCCACAGAUUCCGCUGGAGAGUCAAGUGACGAAAUAUACGCACUGGAUAGCUUUAUUCACAUUGAACUACUCAACGGUGGUGACUGGAUUGGGCCUCGAUGGCCACGAGAAGCUGAUGACAACGAAGUGCAAGAGGUUCCGGGAGAAUACGACCCUCAGUUUGACUAUUCAAGGCGAGCGGACCGUGGCGCUUGGGAUAUGCCCGCGGGAACGACCAGUCCGUUGAUUAAGGUGUCACUGCAGAAGAACGUUCCUGUCGGCGACUAUUUUACGUUUAUUCACAUUGCCGCCGACAAGCGACGUUUGUUGAUGGUGCCGGUGCGCAUCGCUGUGCUCAAGCCUGGAAUCCACAUUGAACUGAGAGAAGUGGAUCUGGGCAUGCUGACCGACCUUCAUGAUGACGUACAUCGUGAAGUUACCUUCGCUUUGUAUAACGCCGGCGUGAACCCUAUUGAGAUAUUGGAAUUAAAGAUACUGGAGAGCAACUUGCUCGUCUCAGCGGAAAUAUGGGGUGGAUCAUCUGUCAUUCCUCCACGAACGCAGAUCUUUAACGCGCUUGCUGUCCGGAUUCGAGUUGACGAAGAAACCACGGGUGACUGUUUUCUGUCGCUGAUGUUGAAGACGAACGCGUCGAGUUCGGAGCUGGGCCAAAGGAACCUGAAAUUAUAUGGGCGUGUGGCGCACGGAAACGUGACUUUUCGCCUCAACGAGACGCGAUUUGGAGUUAUUAUGCCGCUAGAUAAUUUAUCACGUGAAGAAUACGAUUGUGACAGUGUCAGCAGCAGUGCAAAUGGAACUUGUGACGAACGAGUUAUGGGAGAUCACGAGAAAUCAGCUACCAAGCUAGUAUCAGCUAAUGGCGAAGAGCUUUCAAAGGGGAUAAUGGCCGGUACAACUGCAUUCCGAAAACUUCAACUAUGGAACCAAUUUGAUUGUCCUGUGGAACUACAGCGAGUAUGGGUGGACCCUACAGUACCGGACCAUGAGGGAGUGUCUCUGUACAGAUUUAAACAGGGAGUUGUAGACCCCGGAUCCGCUUGGCCAAAGAUUUCUCUGAAGAUAAAGCCGCCACUGGGAAGCAAAGCUGAGUUUUACGCGGCGCAGACUUAUUCUUUAGUGGUGGAGACUAAUGUCUCUCGUCAUCGUAUCCAGAUUAGCGUCUACCACGGCUUUUUGAACGUGAAUUCGACGAGGGGUCUUCAGAAUUACUCCGUUUCAGGCUACUAUAAGCCCACGUUUGAGCCAAAUGUAUCUCAAUCAUGCUUGGUAGUGCCGAAAGGAGGUCUUGUGACGGGAUCGUCGCCGCGUAUCGAUGGCGGAGAAGCCACAACGAACACACAGGCUGUUCAAGUAUGCCGCUCGUUGUUAUUCGACUUGGACAAAGUGGCGUCUCGCCGCUCUCGCACCGAAGUGGUGACCAUGGUGAAUAGAAAUCCUGUGCCACUAAUACUGAAACUCACAAAUGUGUCGGGAAGUGACGUCGUCGGCGUGUUCAUUAGAGCUGAAGUGACUCUAGCUCACCCUGUUGUAACCGUAAGUGGAAGUGCAAGCUAUUGGAACAACGUGGUCGGACACGAUGCAACCAAUAACAGUGACAAAGCUGUACAAACUGGGGAUAGUUUUGUCCUCCAGCCUGGUUAUCAAGUGGAAUUUAGCGUGACAAUUACGGCGAAGGAUACAUUGGGGGAUCUUACAGUUCCCAUCAUGACUGUGGAGACUCCCAUUGAGAUAUUCCAUCUCAACGCGCGACUUCGCAGCGUGCAGGGAGCGGUCGAGCCAGUCACGCGAGCGGUUGUGUUGCCGUCAAUGUUCCCGGGACGUAUCGAAACUAUCCACCUACAUUAUCGCAACACCUUCGAACACGCGGUGACAACAUUGAAGGCCACAAUCAGUAGUUCAACACUGAGGAUCUUGUCGAUGAGAGAUGCUAUAGCGCCGAAACAAGUUGAAAGGGUGUUGGAUGUGCUUUUCUCUCCAGCGGAGAACUCAAGAUGCUCUGAUGCGGAGUUCCUCGCGGAUUGCUUGAUUCCAUUGGCAGAUAUUGAGGAUGAGCAAACAUGCGAGCAGCUAUCGGACUAUGGGGAGUUCGUGGAUGAGCGCGACUUGAAUGCAUUACGUCGUCGCGAUGCUUUUUGGAGUAAUGCUAGUGUCCAACCGACGAUGGAAGCCCAUAUUCAUUUACACACGGAUAUCAUCGAAGAUGUCACGGAAGUCGCGAUCACAGCGCUCCUUGAGCGUCCUCUAGUCACUGCGCCAACGAGUGGAGCGUUGCCUUCGAGCAACAACGUCAAGACGGAGUUUGAGCUGACAGAACUUCUCGAUUGGAGUCACGUGUUCAUUAACGUGCGCAAUCCGAGUAAUAUUUCAAUCCAGAUGGAGUUGACGAUUGCUGAAGAAGAUCAAGAGUUGCUGUAUCCCUGCCACGAAGAGCUGCAUGGAAAGGAGGAAUCGAAGGGUAUUAAAAGUGGAGACACAGACGAUAAGCUGCAAGGUAUUUCGUCAUCGUGUUUGACUGAGUGGAAAGUAGUGACUGCGGAAGCAAUCUUCCUAUUGCAAGAGAAGCAAGUGGACAUCGAUGUGCCCCCGUUCUACUUUCGGAGGAAGAUCAUUCAAGUGCCAGCAGGAGAAGAGACGCGACUUGGACCAAUCUACUAUCUCCCUUCGAAAGUUCAGGAAUUGGUUACGACAGUCUUUGUACGCAAUGAUCUCUCACACAUUGAGCCUGUGCAACUACGUGCACGCAGCGGUAAAGGAACAUUGGAGCUCUUGGUGGACACACCUGUUGCCUCCACGAAGACCCGCUUCGUUCCGUUCGAGCAAGUCGCCGACAUUGAAGAAGACGGCGGAGACGAUUAUGCUUCGUUAGGAUACGAUGGCACACUACACUUCGCCCUCACUUACGACGACGCGGUGACUGAUUUCAGUCAAGGAGCUGAUAUCCUGCUCUCAAAUACAGGAUCAUUUGCUUUAGUAGUUCGUAGUAUGACUGUGGAGUCUGCAUGGACGAUGCAGUCGUGGACACAAGAUACUGCGCCACGAACGAGUGAUUUUGUGGUGAAGGCAGAGAAAUCUUCAGAGGAGAAUAACGAAAGUGACACAGUUGUGCUUCUUCCUGGAACAACGGCACGUUUUCGUGUAUCUUUCUGCGCGAGUUGCUAUGCUUCCAGUGUGACAAGUUGGCUGGUCAUUGAUACGAGUGACGGGAUCAAGCUUAUUCAACUUCACGGCACAAUUACAACGGACGCUGCAUUCUCAUGUUUGCGGUCUCGGAUGGCUCCUCCAUUGCGAAAUGCGGCUCUCUACGCGUGGAUAGUAGCAGUAGCGGUGGCCGUCAUAUCUACGCUUUAUACUCUGUUGCUGUUGGUGCACGACGCAUGGUCUCAAGAUGAUGUACCCACAGUUCAUGUGUGCAGCCUCGGUGCUAAAACUGACAACAUGCGCACAGAGACAGAGAACAUCAUGGCCUUGACUACGGAGAAUGGAGACAUGCGUAGACCCCGAGCUCUAGAUUCGAUUAAGCGUCUUCUGGAAGAUAUGGAGCACACAGCGUUUACUCCAUCAGCUCGUGUAGUGACCCCUGCAGUCUCGCAACUUCUAGAGAAGCGACGCAAAGGAUUGGCUUCAAAAGCUGGUGCUUCUCUGUCUUCUGUUUGCGAAAAGGCAACAACAUCGUUGGCGGCGAAAGCAAAACCGUGCGAGAAUGAAGCCGCUUUGUCUUCACUUGAGGUUGAGAAUAUCCCACCGUCUAAUGUGACGUCUACGGCAACGAAAACGAGCCCGCACGACAUUCAAGGGGCUGCGACUAAAGCUGCAGGCGAAGAUACAGCCGCAUCAACGAGCGCACCCGAAGACGCUUCCAGCGUUCUGAAAUUUUUCAAAGACAAUGACAGCGGCAAGCACAAUGGCGUGUCAUCAGAUGAGAGCAACUCCGCGUCACCAGCUUCAUUUCCUCACUCGAGUGAUGUUCAACCUGAUGCCGAGGAGUUACGUCAUGGCGCUAAAUUCCCGCAGUUGUCGUUCGGAUCUCUGGAAGAUCAACGAAAACCUGGGUCUGCUCAACCAUCCUCCAUUGGUACACGGUCAUCUAAAGCGGCAGAGAAGACCUUUGGGGCUUUCGGUACGCUGUCAACUCGGUGGCAUUCGGAAGAUUGGCAAGACAACUUGAGCAAACCGUCUCCGCCUUCGCUGACAGGAAAUUUCUCGGACUGGAGUGGCUCUUUGUCACUUUGUAACACGUUGGGCAACGGUUUGCUGGACUCAAUAGCCAGUGGGAACCAACGCGACGAGACCGGUCGCCCAGGAAACCGCAGUGAGUCAAGCAGUUUUACCGGAGAACGUCCGCGGCUGUUCCACGAUGAGUUUGCAACUUUUGCGACUUCGUUGCCAAUGGAAAUGACACCAACACCGACCACGAAAAAGGCUCCUCCAGGAUUUACGCCCGCUGAUGCGAAACCGCUUGAGACUCGAGCAGCUUUUGAGCGACUUCGAAGCGGUGGCGGGGCGACUUCCUCCGUUCCGAACGUCAAUAAUUCCAGCAAUAGUUUUGGUGGCAACUCCGUAUUUGCAAGCAAGUUGCCACUAUUCGGUCCGGCAUUGCCUCCGACAAAUGACGAUCGGUCCAUGCUGAGCCGUGUUGGUCGUAUCGGCAGCGGACGAUCGAAGGUACUUCGCAGUCGUGAUUCCAACGAAAGUGGAUGA